AUGUCAGUACAACAAACACCAACUAACGGAUUAACUGGUAAAAUUUCAAACUUGGAUAUGUCAUCAAUGAAAGGUAAUUCUUUAACUGAUAAAUUAGCUCAAGCUGCUGAAGCUAAAGAUAUUGCUGUUACUGCUCCAGGUAAAGCUUUAUUAACUUCUGAAGCUGCUGAUGCCAAGGAUGAAGUUAAACAUAAAGAAUUCUUAUCAAAACAUCAAGUACUCAGACAUAAAUUAAAAGAUUUAGAAAAAGAUGAACCUUUAUUAAUUGAAAACACUAAAAGAUUUGUUUUAUUCCCAAUCAAAUAUCAUGAAAUCUGGCAAAUGUAUAAAAAAGCUGAAGCUUCUUUUUGGACUGCUGAAGAAAUUGAUUUAGGUAAAGAUAUUCAUGAUUGGAAUAAUAGAUUAAAUGAUAAUGAACGUCAUUUUAUCUCAAGAAUUUUAGCUUUCUUUGCUGCUUCAGAUGGUAUUGUUAAUGAAAAUUUAGUUGAAAAUUUCUCUGCUGAAGUUCAAAUCCCAGAAGCUAAAUGUUUCUAUGGUUUCCAAAUUAUGAUGGAAAACAUUCAUAGUGAAACUUACUCAUUAUUAAUUGAUACUUAUAUUAAAGAUCCAAAAGAAUCCGAAUUCUUAUUCAAUGCUAUUGAAACUAUUCCAUGUAUUAAACAAAAAGCUGAAUGGGCUUUAAGAUGGAUUAAUGAUGAUGACGCUCUUUUCGGUGAAAGAUUAGUUGCUUUUGCUGCUGUUGAAGGUAUUUUCUUCUCAGGUUCAUUUGCUUCAGUCUUCUGGUUAAAGAAAAAAGGUUUAAUGCCAGGUUUAACUUUCUCAAACGAAUUAAUUUGUAGAGAUGAAGGUUUACAUACUGAUUUUGCUUGUCUUUUAUUCUCCCAUUUACAAAACAGACCAAACAAAGAAAUUGUUGAAAGAAUCAUUACUGAAGCUGUUUCUAUUGAAAAAGAAUUCUUCACUGAUGCUUUACCAUGUAGUUUAUUAGGUAUGAACUGUAAAUUAAUGUGUCAAUAUGUUGAAUUCGUUGCUGAUAGAUUAUUAGUUGCUUUAGGUAAUGACAAAGUUUAUAAUGCCACUAAUCCUUUCGAUUUCAUGGAAAAUAUUUCAUUAGCUGGUAAAACCAACUUCUUCGAAAAGAGAGUUUCAGAUUAUCAAAAAGCUGGUGUUAUGGCUUCAACUGAUAGCGCAAAGAAAGAUACUUUCGCUUUUGAUGAAGAUUUUUAG